AUGUUACCAGGACAUGGGUAUCAGAAUGUGCCGCCUGCCAGACCCCAGGCAGUAGGGCCAGUCCCUGUCCGCCGGCUCGUCCAGGCGACACCCGUGCGAGUGGUCCAGGCCGGGCAUCAACUGCAUCGACCACCAGUUGCGGGACCACCAGUUGCGGCCUUCAAGGUCAGUGCUGCCCCCACUUCCGCUCAGACGGUGCAGGCCGGUCAUCAACUGCAUCGACCGCCCUUUGUGGCCUUCAAGGUCGCUGCCCCCACUGCCGCUCAGACGGUGCAGGCCGGUCAUCAGCUGCAUCGACCACCCUUUGCGGCCUUCAAGGUCAGUGCUGCCCCCGCUUCCGCUCAGACGGUGCAGGCCGGGUAUCAACUGCAUCGACCGCCCUUUGCGGCCUUCAAGGUAGGCGCUGCCCCCACUGCCGCUCAGACGGUGCAGGCCGUGCACCGGCCGCCUUUUGCGGCCUUCAAGGUCAGAGCUGCCCCGGCGAAGACGGUCCAGAUCGUCCACGAGACGAAGGAGCUCGACGAUGAUCUCGACGGUUCGGCGGACGAUCCGGAUCUGGAGGAGAGAGAGGAGCGACCAGGGCUGAUUCCUGUGAAGCCCACCUUCUGCCUCGAGCUUCCUGGACACGUCCCCAAGGGCAUCACCACGAAGCCGCGAGAGGACUGGAACGUCGACCCAUAUUUCUGGAUCGACGGCACCAAGUACGAAGUCAUCGGUAAGGUCGGAAGCGGUUCCUUCGGAACCGUUCAUCAGGCUUUGGAGCUGGUCGACGCCGAGAAAAACAUCCGGAAGGAGAACUUCAUCCCUGUCGCUGUGAAGCGCAGUUCUCCUCAGAAGCCAGAGAUUUUGGAGGCUGCUCUCUUGGAAGCAAAGAUCCUCCAAAAGAUGGCAGACCCCUCCUUCGACGGACUCCUGCCGAGGUAUGUCAGCCAUGGCGUGAUCCCGCCGCCGCCGGGCAGUGACAUCAAGAAGCAAGCCGAGGUUGUCCUGGCGAUGACAAAGCUACCAGGCAUCCCUCUGGAUUUUUGGAUUUACGGCAUUGACGAGCAGGCGCUGAAGUCGGUCAGCAUUCCGAAGAUGGUCGAUGGGGACCUGCCCGGUGCUUGCCGCACAAGGCGUCUUGAACAUUGCGCCGAUAUGUGUCUCGAACUUCUCAGGACAAUGUGUCCUAUUUUUUCCACUCUUCGCAAAUUUGCGUUUCACCGCGAUAUUUCUGCACAUAACUUUCUUAUUGAUGAUGUGAAAGACAACACAGCCAAGUUCGCUGUGCUUGACUUCGGACUGGCUGUGCGCGCCGACAAGUGGCGCCGAGAGUGGGGAACUCGCAACAUUGCGGGCGACCCGCGUUACUUUGCCCCCGCGGCCUGGAUGCAGCUGACCUGUGGCCACAAGUACGUCGCUUGCCAUCCAGAGAGCUGUUGGGUGAAACAAUACGCACAUCGUCUGGACCACUACUCCUUCGGCAUGCUGAUGCUGGAGAUGCUCUUCGCGCUCUGGAAGGGCCCGGAGGUUGAUGAAGAGGACUGGGCCCAAAGUGGCGAACUUUCGGACCAGGUAAAAUCCUGGAGGUCCUCCUUUCUGACAACACGCUCGGCUUGGAAAGCCUGGUGGAAGACGUGUGUGCGCCUUUUCCAAUCCUUCCACAACGGAGGAGCACAUGCUUUGCGUGAUGAAUUCCUGGUAAACAGGAACCCGAAUAAGAAGCAGCUGGCGAUCGACGACCACUGCGACUUUUUGUCGGCGACCGUGAAGGAGAUUGCGGCACCUUGCGCAGACGUUCCCGAAGGCAACAUUAAGACAGCAUUCGGGAGCUGA